CUAAAAGAAAUAACAAGAUAGCUUUAUUUGUAUUUUUGUGUUUUAAAUUUUCUUAUACAUAUAGUGAAAUUCAAUAUUAAAUAGAACUCCUCUCCGUAAAAAUUUUAAAUAUUGAUCCCGUAAAAUGUCUCCAAAACCUAAAAGCGAUGGUAAGAAAACAAAAAAGCUACAAAAUAUGAGAGAUCAGUUCUUUAAGGAGUUUUAUGCUAAAGGGGAAGUUUUAGUUGAUACACCAGAAGAUGAUAUAAAAAUUGUCGAAACAACUAAAUCAACUUGUGAAACUGUUGAUCUAGACGAUAGUUUUAGCAUAGAUGACCUUUUGGCAAAAUAUACAACGAAAGAAGCAGUGAAAACAAAUAAGCGUACUAAAAACGCGGUAAAAAGAAAGAAGAACUUUCGCGAGAGUGACUGUGACGAUCUUGAAUAUGUGAUACCACCAAUCAAGACACGCAGAGCAUCAAAGAAACUCUUAAAAUGUAAUGAAACAAACGAUUCAAUUAUAAUAAUCACAGACGACUUACCACAAAUAAUAACAGACACGAAUAAUACAACUAAACCCAAACGAAAAAGAAAAACAAACGCCAAAGAUAGUAUUAAACCGGUAACAGAUGAAGUGCAACAAAUUACCAGUGGAAGAAACGGGGGACGUAAUAGGAGAAAAAAAGUAUCACAGCCCGAUCAACCGGCGAUCGUACCAGGUACUACAACGAGAAGUAGUCCAAGAUUUAGAACCAGAAUGACUGCAACUUUAAGAGCGGCACCAACAGAGGAAUACCCGACAAUAACAAUCGGAAACCUAGCAGAAUAUCCAGACAAUUCAAGAAAUGUCCCACUGUUUACAGAAAAAAUGAACGAGGUUAUAGAUUUAGAUGAUUAUUCAGAUGAAAAUGAGGAAUUAUCCGUCAAAGUGUAUUGGAAGAAUCACGAAGUGCAUAGAUUCAAUAUACGGAGAUUUCAAAAGCUAAAGAAUAUAUUUGAACACUUUUCCGAUAAGGAGAAUGUGGGGCAGAACCAGUUGCUCUUUACUUAUGAUGACGCUAUCAUCAAACCUGACGAUACGCCAGAAUCCAUAGGCUACAAUAUAGCCAAAUUUAUAGACGGAGGUGUUGUAAAUCGGACGAUUAAUCUCAAUAGAGACAAACCUACAAGUAAAGAAAAGGGCAUCAAAAUAAAGUUUCAAUUCAAAAAUAUCAAAAAGCCCUACGAAAUAUAUGUUGAACCCGACGAGAAAUUAUCAGUAGCCUUUAUAAAAUGUGCUGAGCACUUAGAGAUCCCGCUACAUAAAGUAAAAUUCCAAUUCGAUGGGGACUAUAUAACAGGUAAGCAAACAUCGAGGGAACUUGAAUUUGAAGGUGGAGAAUGCAUUGAUGUUAAGAUAGAUGAAAAAUAAAUUUGUUUUAAUGUUAAUUAAAUAUAUUGUAUGAUAUUAUUA